AUGUCCAACCCUGAUCAUAUCCCCGUGGUACUAUGCGGCCGCUCAACAGCGGUCGGCAAGCCCGUCUCCGAAGCUCUUCUACCUGAACUAGAAGUCAUCCAUUUCAUCCAAACAAACGAAGCGGCAAUUGCCGAGAUCCCACACCUACUCAGCGGCCAAGAUCCCAACUCCCAGGAAUCGGAUAGCGGCGUCGGCACACACAAUUACACGCGGCCCGCUCGGGCGGUCAUUUUCGGGCGCGGCUAUGAUCAAUCUGAUAUUGAUGCUUUCCGUGCGGCUUGUGAAGGCAUUACUAAGGGGCCUGUGGCUUGGGUUAUUGGCGAUCCCGCUAAAGCACCUGCGCCGGGUGCACCGCCACCGGGUCCGGGUUAUUCUGCGGUUGUUGCGAAAAUGGUUAAGGAGGCUGUUUUGGGGUGGAUUAGUGAGGGGGCUGUUAAGGAUGAGGUUAUUUUGUAUUAG